CCACCACACCUUAGGAAGGAAUAAUAGCAACACAUCUCAGUCCUCUUCUUCCUCCUCCUCGCUUCUCUUCUUUCAAAUGAUAAAGACAUGUCCAAGAUAGAGAAAAGGAUAAGCUUCUCUUCCAAUCAAAAUGGUAGAGGUUGAUAAGGAAGCUGCACAACCACCACAACCAACAUCAACAACAGCUUUUCUGAUGUCCACCAAGAAAAAACAGCUACUUUCCACUGCCAUGAAGAGAACCAGUGAAUGGAUUUUCUCUCAGGAGAUCCCAAGCGACAUCUCGGUUCAAGCUGGAGGAGCCUCCUUCUCAUUGCACAAGUUCCCUCUGGUCUCGAAGUGUGGAUACUUUAGGAAAUUAGUUUCUGAAUCCAAGGAUGCAGAUCUCUCUUUCAUCGAUGUUCCAGACAUUCCAGGUGGAUCUGAAACAUUUGAGUUGGCCGCAAAGUUCUGCUAUGGAAUCAACUUCGAAAUCGGCAUCGAGAACAUCGCAAUGCUCCGGUGCGUGGCAGAGUAUCUAGAAAUGACUGAGGAGUAUGCGACUGGGAACCUAGUGAAUAGAACAGAGUCCUACUUGACUGAAGUAGCAUUGCAGACCCUGUCUGGGGCUGUAUCUGUAUUGCAUUUGUCGGAAAAUCUCCUUCCGAUGGCAGAGAAGGUGAAGCUGGUGAGCCGGUGCAUUGAUGCAGUCGCGUACAUUGCGUGCAAGGAAAGCCAAUUCUGUUCAUCAGGAAGGACUGAGAAUAGUCAAGAGAGCUUUAAUUCUUCGACAUCCCAGAAACCUGUUGUUGAUUGGUGGGCUGAUGACUUGACUGUUCUGAGGAUCGAUAUCUUCCAACGUGUUCUCAUUGCUAUGAAGGCCCGCGGCUUUAAGCAGUAUGCGCUUGGGCCAGUACUCAUGCUCUAUGCGCAGAAAUCUCUCCGAGGUUUGGACAUAUUUGGAAGGGGGAGGAGGAAAAUUGAGCCAAAACAAGAACAUGAGAAGCGAGUCGUCUUGGAAACUGUCGUAAGCCUUCUCCCAAGGGAGAAGAAUGCAAUGUCGGUUAGUUUCCUCUCGAUGCUUCUACGAGCAGCCAUUUUUCUCGAGACCACAGUCGCUUGCCGGCUCGAUCUAGAGAAGAGGAUGGGCCUGCAGCUUGGACAGGCAGUGUUGGAUGAUCUAUUGAUCCCCUCAUUUUCCUUCACUGGCGAUACCGUGUUUGAUGUGGACACAGUGCAACGGGUCUUAAUGAACUACUUAGAACAUGAAUCAGAUGGGAGUCGGUUGGGCUACAACACAGAUGAUGACCAUGUUUCUCCUCCUCCUACUGACUUGGACAGAGUCGGAAGGCUUAUGGAGAGCUACAUUGCGGAAAUAGCGUCCGAUCCUAACUUAAAUGUUUCGAAGUUCAUCAGCCUUGCCGAAUUAAUCCCUGAACAAGCAAGAGUCACUGAGGAUGGCAUGUAUAGAGCUAUAGAUAUCUACUUGAAGGCUCAUUCUUCUUUGGGCGACAUGGAAAGGAAAAAGGUUUGCAGUUUGAUGGAUUGCCAGAAACUGUCGCGGGAGGCCUGCGCUCAUGCUGCUCAGAAUGACCGCCUUCCCGUGCAGACAGUCGUUCAAGUACUUUACUAUGAGCAGCAACGUUUCCGCGAUGCAAUGAACGGAACAGUCACGGAAGGAGAAUCGCCUCUCUUAACUCACAAAAGCAAUUCAUACACUACUGAUCACCAACCAGCAACAAACGAGCUCUCAAGCUUGCGCAGAGAAAAUGAAGACCUAAAACUUGAACUGGUGAAAAUGAAGAUGCGGCUGAAAGAACUCGAGAAGCCUCCUGGAAACACCCCAUCUGCAGAUAAGCCUCCAUUGCCAAGAAAGUCAUUCAUCAAUUCCGUGUCAAAAAAGCUUGGGCGACUGUACCCGUUUGUGCGUCCUGAUGGGCGCAAGCCUUCCGAUGCCAAAGGCAAGACAAGGCCCAGCAGAGAUCGACGGCAUUCAAUUUCCUGAUAUAUCUCUAUGCACAAUAUAUUGCCCCACUAGGACUGUAGUAGCUUGCCUUAUAGAACACUACCACCAUGCGUUGUUUUUCAUUGCUCUACUUCAUUCACGUAAAUAUGAUUGUAAAUUGCCUUCUUGAUGUAUUUCAGUAAGCUCUCAUUAUAGUUAAAGCUGGUUAAGGGAAAAGACAACAUUGUAGUCGCAAUGCUGUUUGUUGGUCUUGUAUGUAUUGAAGAGAAAUGCUGUAAUUUUCUUGAUAUCAGGUUGUUUGCUAUAAAUUAAGAACUAUAAGGUUCCCCCC